AUAAUGGACUAAUAGGCGCCAUUGCAGCACAUCGAUCAUCGAAAACGAAACAUUUUGCUCUGCCAUAGCCAUUUCAUGUAAGCUGUUUCGUACAUUCAAACUCUUUGAAGAUGUAUGCAGCAGGCACAUUACUGUUGACCCUCCUUGCUGUGCUGCUCGUUUUUCUCGUGCACCCACUGAUGGCUGCAGUAGCUGCUGGGGAAGGAUCAGCAGCUGGGACUGAGCCAAUCAUUGAGCUGUACAUGCACGACAUUCUUGGGGGCAGCAGCCCUACGGCUAGGCCGGUCACAGGCCUGUUAGGGAACAUAUACAGCGGCCAGGUGCCUUUUGCGAGGCCACUCGGGUUCUUGCCCCCAGAGGACGGGGUGGCCAUUCCCAACGCGAAUGGUGUGGUUCCCACCAUUAAUGGAAAUAACGGAGUCCCCUUGGGGACUGGCCUAGCUGGGACGCUGUUUGCACCCAAUGGCCAAAACCCAAACCAAAAUCCAAACAACGUCCAGACUCAGCUGGGUCCCGAUGGGCUGGGCCUAGGGUUCGGGACAAUCACCGUGAUCGACGAUAUCCUCACUUCCAGUCCUCAGCUGGGUUCUCAGCCCAUCGGCAAGGCACAGGGAGUGUAUUUGGCAAGCUCUGCCGACGGAACGACGCAGAUGAUGGCAUUCACAGCCAUGAUGGAAGGCGCUGAAUACGGGGACACCCUGAACUUCUAUGGAACGUUCAAGAUUGGGAGCGCCAUGUCGCGUCUAUCGGUUACUGGUGGUACUGGGAGGUUCAAGAAUUCGUGUGGAUUUGCUGAAGUGAGGUCGCUCAUCCCAGAAGGACAAAUUGCUUCAGGUGGCGUCGAGUCACUACUGAGGAUCACAGUCCAUCUCAAGUACUAGUUGGGUUUUAUGUUAUUGAUAUGAUGACGAACAUUAUCGUGUGAUGUUUUUCGAAAUUACAGAAUCUAAGACAUGUAUGUUUCCAAUUUGUGAAAUAUCCCAAAGCACUUGUUUCAUGUCUA